AUGCGAGAUCGACUUCGCAAGCUGAACAAGCUUGAGGAGAUGCUGGCGGGUGUGAAGGACGCGAAGGAUCCCGCCAUGGCUGCGGCAGAGGAGCUCGCGCUCUCGCUGGAAGUUGGCGACACCCCACCCGAGCGACAACCUAGAGGACCGACGAAGCAGAAGCAGAAGACGGAGACGAAGUCGAGGCUGCCCUACCACACCUACAUGUCAGCUGACGGCAUCGGUACCGACUGCGUCGCUGCUGCCUCAGAUCAGCUCACCCUCAAGGAGCGAGACCCCAACGACUGGUGGCUUCACGUCUCCGGCUGCCCUGGUUCCCAUGUGGUCAUCCGGGACACGAGUGAGAAGCCUCCUGUGGAGACGGUACAGGACGCGGCUGUCUUGGCGGCACAUUUUUCUCAGGUGAGGUUGGUUGGCAACGUCAUCACCGUUAAGGUCGACCUUAAGAUGGAGAAGCAGCGAAUAGAGAGGCUUCUAGAGACCAAGAGCUGA